UCCACCACACUCAUCUCAGUUGAAUAAGACAAUAAACAUGAGUUGUUUCUGCAUGGAGGAACUGAGUGUUCAGCUGCUGGAGUUUAUAUCGUGCAUCUGAAACCAAAACCACAUCAAAGCUGACAUAAUUUCAUGCACUCAUAAAGGAAACCACUUGCAGCGACAACAGAUGAGAGCAACUUCGCGCUCUCUUCCUUUCUGAGAGGAGAGAUUAUAUGUGGCAGUGCAGUAAUGUUUGUCUUGAUAUAACUUCUACUUUACAAAACUACUGUUUUUGCUAUUUGCAAAGAUGGAACAAAGUUUUGCUGAUGUGCUUAGUGAUGCUUUUUCAGAAACAGCUGUUCUGUCUUUUCCUGAUGAAGAUUUGGAUUUUGAGAAUUUGAAUUUUGAUGAAAAGUUUAGGGAGGACAAAACACAAGAAAACUUACCAACAAAGGAAGACGAGGCUCUGCACCAGGAAGCAACUGUAGUUUUGUCUAAUGUUGAAAAAGAUGCACAGGCAACAGUUCUGUCCAGCAUAGACAAUGUUACAUUCAUGGAUGAACAGAUUCGUGAAGAGCAAUGUGAUGAUAAAAGCGAUGAGGAAGAUUCUGAAGGGGUCAUGUGCAUGGACAAAAAACCAGAGGAGGAUUACACAAGCUCUGAACAGGAAGGCUCUGUCUCUGGAGAAGAUGAAGAGGAUGAGGAAGAGGAUUCAGGACCAGGAGAGAAACCAGGGGAUUUGCUGAGGUCAGUUUUCUGCGACGACAACAUUUGCGAUGGUAAGAAAGAAGAGAAGAUCUUUGCUGAGGGACAACCUCUGGCCCCGGAGGGUGCUGAAAACCCUCAAUUUAGAAAUGAGGAGCAAGGUGAGAGUGAUGAGGAGGUGUCCUAUUUUGAGAGAGUCCCUGAAGGUGGCAGUGAGAUGAUGAUAAGAGGUGACGGGAGUGAAGAGGAUAAGCAGCAGAGUGAAGAAGAAAAGGAAGAGGGCUUGUCUGAGUGCGAGGGCAUGAAAAUCGAACAAGAAGAAAAUGUUCUCGCUCCGUGCUUGGAGCCUGACAAUCCUUGUAGAGACGACCCAGCGAAAGCCAGUUUGGAGUUUCCAGAAAUAUCGGUGCAAAGUCUGCAGGAUCUUAUUGCUGAAGUUGAGAGUGAGGAAUGUGGAGAGAAAAUGAAGGAUUUCUCAGGUGAGGAGCAUCAAGAUGCAGGUGAGAGCUUUGCAGAUUAUCCCUCAGACUUUUCUUCAUGUGAAUAUGUAGAAGAAGGGGGAGAAAAUCAGGAGAGAAAUCAUCAGUCCAGUGCAUUGGCUUGUGCAUUCGACAGCAGUUCAAUUGAAAGGCAGGACACCUGCCUGGAAAGAGCUGUGGCGACUGUAACAUGGAUGGAAGGAGCUGAGGACAUUGAUGAGGAGGCAGACGGGUAUCUGUACAGCAAAGAUUUAGAGGACGUUGGUAAGUUCGGAAGCCUUGAUGUUGCAACCGAAGAAAAAGAGAUUAUUGAGAACGUGUCAGAAGAUGAAGCUGCAGUAGGGUGUGAUGAUGGAGGUGAGACAGGUGAGAGCGACUCCUACAGCUCCAGUGACGACGAUGACGUCCAAGAAAAGAGGAGCAGUGAGGAACUCUCUAACAGUAUGUGUGUACAAGAAAGCAACAAGCGAGAAGAGGAGACUCUCAGUGGGAGCACUGCAGCGUUUUCUGAAGACUACAACAGCACGUAUCCAGCUGGUUUCAACAUAAACUGGAAUCUGGACGUGUUAACAACUGAGACCUUUCUGUCUGAAGACCUGUUAACCACAGACGAAGCGGAAACACCAUUUUUAGAUGUGACUCAGCCGCCUGCAGAAGUUGUCAGCAGCUACUCAGAAAGAAGAACAACAAACCCCUCUAAUCAGGGAUCCCUGGAUGACAGCUUCUUCUUUAACACUGAACACGAAGCCGCCGAGAUCACCGAGCUGGGACAGCUGGGAGACGACGAGUACGAAGAGGAGAGGAACUGGGAACAAGAGCAGGAGAGAAUAAAGGCUUUCUACGAGUUUUAUGAUGACAGCGACGGGGAGAAUGAAGGGAGACAGAUAAAAGUUCAGUUUUGUGCAGAUCCGUUGUCUCAAGUCAUUCACUAUGAAACUAACAGCAGUGACGUACACUCGCUUAGCAGUUCCACAGAGGGAGAGGAGGACCAGAGCUCUACAGAGACAUCUGAGGAACUGAAGGAGCCUGACGACACCAUGCAAAUAACACCAGCUUGUGAUCCGCCGGACGUUCAGCUACCAGAGACUGUGCCAGAUAUCAGCGACACACACGUCUGUACCAGGAAACACAAAUGUUUCAACAUGCUGAAGCUGACACUGAAGAUGGGUGUGGUGGUACUGACGGGGCUGCUGAUGUUCUGGUGGGCCACAGACCAAGAGGGCUGGUUCAGCCACCUGCCAUUCAUUUAGGGCAAAAAAAAUAUACAUUUUUGUCCAUAAAUUUUGUUAACAUGCCUAUAGAUGAUAAAAAAGAAAAAUCCAAAUUGACAACAUUUUCCUGCAAAAAUGCAAUGUAAAGUGCAAACAUUCAAACUUGUGUUCUAUUAUCUGUAAUAUGCAAUUUUGUGCUUAAUAAAAAUCUAUCUUUGUUUACAAUGA